UGUGUUGGUCACCGUUGGUUAUUGCUCGCCUGCCAAAAAGCACCAAAACACUGACUUCUCACCACAACAUGGUCCGCAGGAGUAGCGUCGAUGCUUUUAAAACGUGUCGCUGAUAGCUGCAAGCAGUUCCCCGAGGUGUACCAUCAUUUUGUUAUUACAUAAUGAAGAAUUACUCUCAAGAAUGACUGAUUCUUUUAGGGUCUGCAGCAACCAACGAUUGCGCAUCUGGAUUUGGCCGAGCCGCUACCACUAGCUAGCGGACAGGCUAGCAGAGCAGAAUGCUGUAGCGCUCUCCUCUGCAGUGAAUCCAAUUUAGUAUCGACUGGAUAGCCAGCUGUCAGUUUGCAGCCCUCACUAGUUAGCUCGUGCAGUAACUGACGUUUAAAGGCCUGCCGAAAAUGUAAACCACCAUGCGAACAAAGAGACGGGAAAUGGCAGUGCCAGUGAUGGCCUCCCCCCUCCCUGUCUCCUUCACACUGGUGGUUCUCCUGUUGGCCAAAUCGCCUUUGUGCCAGGCAGGGGACUGCAAGGGCCACAGGCAGGUUUUGAGGGGACCACCUGGCUAUGUGACAGAUGGAGCAGGAAACUACUCUGUCAAUGGGAAUUGCGAGUGGCUCAUCAAAGCUCCCAACAACAGUCACCGCAUUGUCUUGAAUUUCACCUUCAUGAACACAGAGUGCACUUAUGACUACCUUUUUGUGUAUGAUGGGGACUCCUACCAAAGCCCCCUGCUAGCCAGUCUGAGUGGCCACACGUUGCCCCAGCCCGUUGAAGCAAAGUCUGGCAAGAUGCUGCUUCACCUCUUCAGUGACGCUAAUUACAACCUACUGGGUUUCAAUGCAACUUACACCUUCUCUUUGUGCCCUGGAGCGUGUGGCGGUCAUGGUCGUUGUGAUUCCUCUACAUCAAAGUGCCAUUGUCAUCAGGGUUGGGGUGGGCCCUCAUGUACAACCCCUCUGUGCACUCAAGCUUGUUCUGUGAACGGCCAGUGUGACAAGAAAGGAGAGCGUUGUCUGUGUAAGCCAGGCUUUGUGGGUCAAAACUGCCAGCUUGGUCUCUAUAAUGACAGCGGUGCAGGGAAGUGGUGGCGUGUGAGUGAAGAAAACCCCUACACACCUCCCAGGACAGGUUCUGCAGGCGUGUACCUCUCCUCCACAGGAGCCAUGUACCUGUUUGGCGGAUUUGAUCUGAACAGAGCUCUUGGUGACUUGAUCAAAUACAAUUUUACAUCCAACCAAUGGGAAAGCAGGUCUUAUGGUCAUUCACCUGUAACCUUACAGUUUAGGGGGUUUGUCCACCCAUUGUGGGGCGGGCCUCCACCUGCACCCCCUCCUACAGAGACAGUCUCCAUGUGGGCUCGCAUCCAGAGGCUUCACUUUGAGGCUCGAAUGGCAACAGGACCCAACUCCAGCCAGAUGGAGGUGGUGGGUCACUGGGCAGCUCAGCAGGAAAAGGAGCUGAAGCUCCUGACUCGACCAGAUGGGAGUCGACUUUUCUCUAACCUCACUCGGGGAAACCAUUACCUUGUUCAGGCGGAGGGCUACCUGAACAACUCGGGCUCAGGACAGACAAGUGAGAUGGCCUUGAUCUGGAACAGAACGUUGCCUGGAGGAAGUGAGAUCUCCUUCCUAUUCUCGGAGCCGUACCGCUCAGGUUCCUGCUCAGGGUACAUGUCCUGUCUGGCCUGCCUGUCAGACCAGUCUUGUGGCUGGUGCCCGUCUUUGUCCCGCUGUCUGCUGCGUGACAGCCCAGACCUCGAACCCUGCCCUGAGGGGCUGAACAGUGAAGGGAAGAUGGAAGGUCAGCUCCAUCUGCUGUUAGCACCCCAGCACUGCACCAUGUGUGAAGAAUACAGAGACUGCUCUGCUUGUACUCAGUAUCAGGUUGCUGAUAAAUGCUUGAGGGGAGACUGGGCAGGAAUGGAUGAUCCAUCAGUGUAUAACUGUAGUGUGGCUGUGGCUGAAGCUCGGGCUGCAAACCCUGAACCCCAAACUUCAGCCCCACCUCGCCCCCUAGAAAUGGAGAUGGAGUUGGAGCAUUUGAGUGAUGAAGAGCAAGAUGCAAUCUGGGCCUAUCCCACAUGUCCUGAUGUAGAGGAAUGCAGGCUGGGCCUCCACAACUGUCACCCCUCUGCUACCUGCAUCAACACUCCCACUUCAUAUGAGUGCCAUUGUGAGAGAGGAUUCACAGGGGAUGGCACACUGCACUGCAACCAAACCUGUUACAAUGAGUGUCGUGAGGGCCAGUGUAGCGGCAGCCCACGGUUUGAGUGUGAAUGCGCCCUGGGCUGGACAUCUGAUCCCGCUACUCUGGUUCUGAGUGGCGUAGAAUGUGAUGUUGACUGUGGCUGCAACUUCCACUCCACCUGUAUUACUGCUCCAGGGAUCUGUGAUGAAUGCCAAGACUGGACUACAGGGCCUCACUGUGAGCACUGCCGUCCAGGUAGCUUUGGCUCAGCCCUGGCUGGUGGCAGCGGCUGUGUUCCCUGUGAGUGUAACGGACACGGCGACUCUCUCCAGGGAUACUGUCACAACCAGACAGGCCAGUGUUACUGCACCCACAACACUCAGGGACCACACUGCGAGUCCUGUCUGCCUGGCUACUAUGGAGAUCCCAGGAACAAUGGAACAUGUUACCGCCAGUGCCAGGGCCGCUCUGUCCUGCUGUCCUCCACUUCCUCCACCACCAUUCCCCUGUCCUCUUCUUUGGGGUGGCGGAGUGGCACAGAGGGGAAAGGUGGACUUUCUCAUUGCCUGUGGGUCCUCUCUGUGACUGAAAACUUGGCACCCUGUCUGCCCAGACAGUUUUGUCCCCCAGUAGCUCUCACGCUACACCCAGACUCUCAUACCCAUUGUAAAAGUUCGUAUGUCUAUGUGUUCGAUGGCCUGCCUCGUUUUCUGGGUAACGGAGUCGUACAUUCUGAUCACAAUCUAAUUGGAGCAUUUUGUGGCACCACGAGAACUCAGCCUAUCACAGUGGAGGCCACUUCAGGUGUGAUCUCAGUCUACUUUGAAGCCAACGUCACUUCAGACAGACCUCAAGGCUUCAAUGCAUCUUUCUGGGUACGACGGUGUCAGCAGAGCUCUGAUGAGGAUGAAGAUGGAUCUGUAUGUCCAGGUGGAGCCCAGUGCCAGGGUGGGCUCUGCCAGUGCCCUCAGGGAUAUGGGGGACCACAUUGUGACCGGCUAGUGUGCCCACAGGAUUGUGGAAUAGCAGAAGGAAGAGGAACUUGUAAUAUAUCUCUGGGAGUGUGCGUGUGCUCAGAGAGCUGGGUUGGGUCAGACUGCUCUAUUCCUCGAGACUUCAACAGCUUGGUGUGGGAAACCUUACUGGACACACAGAUGACUGUGAACCAGGCCCACAGGUUCCUCCACAGGAUGGGACACUCUCUGGUGUCUGGACCACAGGGCAACCUCUGGAUGUAUGGAGGGCUUUCUCUGACAGAGGGAAUUCUGGGAAAUGUCUAUAGAUAUUCUGUGUUGGAACGUCGUUGGACUCUAAUGUUGACAAGCUCUGUGGAAGAAGGGUCGAUGCCAAACCCUCGCUACCAUCACGCCUCUGCAAUGCUGAGUCAUGAGUCUGGCGCUGGAGCCAAUCAUAACUUUAUGUUGGUAGUAGGCGGGGUCACACAAGAUGGCGUUUCCAUGGAUACCUGGACUCUCAAUCUCAGCAGUUUAGUCUGGAGAGAGCACAAGAACACAGUGCUUCCUCCAGUGGCAGGGCACACUUUAACUGUACGGCGAGACUGCUCUGUGCUGUUGAUUGGCGGUUACUCUCCUGAAAAUGGUUUCAAUCACCAUUUACUUGAGUUCAACCCUCAGUCUGGAAACUGGACCAUUGCCCCCCACACUGGCACACCACCUACAGGUUUGUAUGGCCACACGGCAGUCUACCAUGAACAGACUGAUGCCAUCUAUGUCUUUGGAGGCUACCGCUUUCACGUGGAAAGUGUAGAGCCAUCUGCUGAGCUCUACAGCCUGUAUUACCCCAACCUCACCUGGUCUUUGCUGGCCACCUCUCAGGGUAUUAAGCCCCUGUCCCGUUUCUUCCAUGCUGCUGCACUGAUUAAAGACACUAUGGUGAUUGUGGGCGGCAGGACAGAAGCGGAAGACUACAGUAACUCUGUCUCUCUGUACCAGAUCAACUGUAACACCUGGAUACAACCAGUGUCAGCUGUUGGAGAUCCGGUUAAUGGUUCGGUGUCCCUUGCUAUGACGAGCUGGGGCGGUCGUCUCUUCCUGUCAGGAGGCUUCAAUGGCGUCACCCUUGGCAGACUCCUAACCCUGUCUGUGCCCUCUGACCCCUGCGCCCUUCUUCCCACACCAGAGGCUUGCAACACCACCACAGGCAGCUGCAUAUGGUGUAGAGGGAGCUGUGCUUCUUCUGACACUGCUGAGAGAAUGGGAUGCUUCACUGGACAGUCUCCCUGUUCUCCAACCCCUCGUGAGCCAGACCAAUGUCGCAGACUCAAGACAUGCAGUGAAUGCCUUGCACGACACCCUAAAACAUUUUCCAGUCAAUCCCAGCCUGUUUUACAGUGUAAGUGGUGCACAAAUUGUCCAGAGGGGGCUUGUAUCAGCAGCUCUCUCAGCUGUACAGCUGUACAUGACUGUCGAAUCAACCAGAGAGAGAUCUUCCUGUCCAGCAACUGCACUGAGACUAGCUGUGAGGCUUCUGACUGCCCCAAGUGUACAGCUUCUGGAAAAUGCAUGUGGACUCGCCAGUUCAAACGCACAGGCGAAACGAGGCGCAUCUUGAGUGUGAAUCCCACUUAUGACUGGACAUGUUUCAGCUACGCUCUGCUCAACGUCUCACCCAUGCAGGUGGAGUCAUCCCCUCCUCUGCCGUGCCCUCCGCCAUGCCACAGUCUCCAUAACUGCAGCCUUUGUCUGAGCUCCAUUGGCUCUGAUGGGGGCUGGCAGCACUGUGUGUGGAGCAUGGCCCUGCAGCGGUGCAUGAGCCGAUCUUUUCUGCCCCUCCGGUGUGAGGCAGGCCAGUGCGGUCGACUGCUUUCUAGGGGAGACUCCUGCUCUCCCCAGUGCUCCCAGCUCACUCAGUGCUCCCAGUGCAUUGCUAGGCCUCAGUGUGGUUGGUGUUCUUCUCGCGGGGGCAAUGGAGCUGGACGCUGCCUACAGGGAGGACUUGAUGGUGUGAGUGAGGGUGUCUGCCCUUUGACAAACAGCAGCUGGUCUUUUCUCCAUUGUCCAGAGGAGGAUGAAUGCGCCAACGGUCAUCACAACUGUAACAGCACUCAGGACUGCCACGAUCUGCCACAAGGAUACCACUGCACCUGCAAACAGGGUUACAUACUUAGCAGUAUUUCUGGUCAGUGUGAGCCAGUGUGUGCACAAGGCUGUGUGAAUGGGACAUGCACAUCCCCUGGAGUUUGCCAGUGUCACUUUGGCUUUGUAGGGGAUAACUGCUCCUCUCAGUGCAGCUGCAACAAACACAGCAACUGUGCUGGUGUUAACAAACCAGAUGUUUGUUUGGAGUGUCACAAUAACACCAUGGGUAAACAUUGUGAGAAGUGUAAGCCUCUGUUUGUGGGCUCUGCCAAGGGGGGUGGCACUUGCCAUCCAUGUCGGGAAUUUUGCAAGGGAAACAGCGCUGUGUGUCUAUCCCGGGAUGAACUUAAGAAGGCACAGGAAACUCUACAAUUAUAUCCUCUUGACCCUAACAGCAUUCAGUCCUGGGUGUCUGAGGGUCCAACAGAGGAGAAUGCUGUAUGUGUAAAUUGUCAGAACAACAGCGUAGGGGAUCGGUGUGAGAGCUGCCUUAGUGGCUACUUCCUGCUGCAGGGGAAGUGUGAGAAGUGUCAGUGUAAUGGCCAUGCAGACACAUGCAAUGAACACGAUGGCACAGGCUGCCCCUGCCAAAACAACACAGAGACCUCCUCCUGCCUCAGCAGCCCCCAGAGUGAUCGCAAAGAUUGCUACAGACAACAGUGUGCAAAGUGCAAGGAUUCUUUCAAUGGUACACCAGUGAAUGGGCGUCAGUGCUACCGUCAGUUUAAUGUGGACACAGAGUGCUGCUUUGACCCCACAUCGCAGACCAACUGCUUUCAUGAUCCCACCAUUCGCAACCUGCCCAAGGGGCGCACUGUAUUCUUUGCUGCCCAGCCAAAGUUCACCAAUGUGGACAUUCGGGUCACCAUUGAUGUCACUUUUGGUGAGGUGGAGGUGUACGUGUCCAACUCUCAUGACACCUUCAUUGUGGACGUAGACCGAUACACAGGGAUUCACACCAUCAAGAUCGAGGAGGAAUCUGUAGUUCCAGGGAAAACUGCCGGGACAGAAAAGGAUUCACCUCCAUCCCCUAUAAAGGUGUUUGCCAACACCUCAUCCAACUUUGCAGGUUCUGUGCUUUCCCAAAGCCUGCAAGCAAAACCUCCAGGAGCGGAAAGGGAAAUUAGAGAGGAACGUGCUGAAGGACUCAUCACCUAUAUCACCGUGUGGAAACCCCAGACGGUGCUGAUUGUCCGUGGUGUUCGAGAUCGUGUGGUGAUCACCUUCCCCCAUGAGGUGCACUCGUUGAAAUCUAGUCGCUUUUACAUCGCUCUGAGAGGUGUUGGAACUGAAGAGAGACAAGGAGAGUCCCAGGGCCUGCUGUUUCUGCGACAGGACCAAGCCCACAUUGACCUUUUUGUCUUCUUCUCUGUCUUCUUCUCCUGCUUUUUCCUCUUCCUGUCUGUCUGCGUCCUCCUGUGGAAGGUUAAGCAGUUCCUGGACUUCCGUCGGGAGCAGCGUCGCCACAUUCAGGAGAUGACAAAGAUGGCAUCAAGGCCUUUUGCUAAGCUCACUAUAUACCUUGAGCCGGAGGAGCCUCAGCUCAUCUACUUGCCUUCAUCUGGUGGAGGGGUAGGGGGCAGCACUGUGUCGCUUGCUCAUGCCCGCACAAGCAAGUUAAGUGGAGUGGUGGUUGGCCAGAGGGGCAGAGCAGGACCUGUCUCCUAUAAACAUGACCCAUCCUCCGGACCCACAGCCCAUCACCACCAUCACCUCACCUUGGGUGGAGGAGGCAACAGCGGCCAGCAUUUACCACUGCACUACUUGAACACCCAUCAUUAUGCCAGUACCACAGCUGGCAACCCAGCCUCACAUCAUCACCACCCAUCCACAUACAGCGCUUACCAGCACUUUUGCCGUCCUGACCCUUUCCUCUCUCAGCUUAUGGGCUUUUCCUAUUCCUCCUUCAAGGUGGGGCCCAUUACCCUGGAGCCCACAGAUGAUGGUAUGGCUGGAGUGGCUACAGUCCUCUUCCAGCUGCCGGGGGGUGUCUUGGCUCCGAACCGCGCCUGUCUGGGCUCCGCACUGGUUACUUUGCGACAGAACCUGCAGGAAUACUGUGGCCACGGCAAUGGAGGCGGGCAUCCAGGAGCGGGUGCAGGCCGCAAGGGGCUGCUGGGGCAUCAGCACCUGACCACUAUGGCUAUGUAGAGAAACAAGUAACAUUUUUAUGAGAGAUAGAAUAAGUCUUUAAAGGGUUUGGUAUAUAAUAAAUUAAUUUUGAAAGAAACAGCCACAAGGCAAUGACAACAUCCAGAAGUAAGAGCAACUUGAGCAUUUUGAAGAGAUGUACAUAUACUGUAUAAUGAAUUUAAAGUGUCUUUUAUUCUAUUAUGUGUUGCUAUACUGUAUUCCAGUGCUUCACAUGACCAAGCCAGCUGUCUCUAGAAUACACUACAACUGCUAUACGUAUCAGCAAAAUGCGUCACAUCGUGUCUGUGAUCACUAAAGAGAUAUGAGUGCACUCGACAGAUUAUGCGACUGAAGCUGGACUCUUGUUAAAAUUAUUCUCAUUGACCAACAGAGGUGUAAAACCAUGUGCUUGCUUUGAACCAACAUGUGCUUUAUACCCCCCUCCCCCAAAAAGUGACAAUCAGAAUUGCCAUUGAGAACAAAAGACUUGAUUUCGGCAUAAUGUGCAACAUUUUGAUUGUCAGCGCAGGAAAAAAAGUCUGAGUUACUUGUGAGGUGGUUUUUAUAUCAUAGUCGAUAUGAAUGAUUUAUUAAUUGUAGCUAAGUAUAUGGCAGGCUUCUAAGCUACACGUUUAUGUUAAACAGACUCAGUAUGUUUCCGCAUAUGCAUUCACCUGCUCUGUUACGUUAUACAUCUUUUUGCUCGUCUGCCUUCACUUCUUGCCUUGUCUGUGUGUCAGAUGGCUUACACUGAAUACUUGUGUUAAUGGAAAUGUGUUUGGUGCAGCUCCUGGAAGAUGUUAAAGUGACAUUUAGAGUUUUCUUUCAUGAGUUGUUUUGAAUUGAGAAGUUGUGAAGGAUAAUGUUUUCAGUAUCGUUUUUGCACUCACGACACUACACUAACUUAACAGAACUCGUCCAUUAAAAUGAAGAAAUUGUCCUUUUUUAUGAUUAUUUUUUUGUUCACAUUAAAUGUGUGUCGGUGUUGAGAUGGUUCAUUAAGCUGCCUUUUUUAUGGCAGCUUGCCUUCUUAGGUGAUUGUAUGCACCAAUCAAACUAUGGUCUAACUAAAAAUAAAUAAAUACAGUAUGAACGGUUACAUUUCAUUAACAGUGGAAAGUGUUACAUUAGAAAGUUCUCCUGGUGAGAGGUUUGUAAAGGUUUUGCAGCAUUAUUUUAAUUGAAUUACAUGUUCACUGGUUUGUGUUAACGGGAGUAUUUUGAUUUACUUUUUUGCACUGCACAGAGCCAUGGGGCUUUAAAAUUCAUGUGAAACACAAGAGCGGGGUGUCAUCCAUGCUCGGAUGGCAAACAUUGUCGUGGACGAACUCAGAAUGGUGCUACUGGCGUUUUGUUUUUCUUUUCUUUUUUUCCAUUUUUUUUUGGGUAGUUCAGCAAAAUAAAGCUCAUAUGAAUACUGUCACUAUUUAUAGCAGCCAUGCCCAAAUGAGCAUUAAAAUUGUUGUGUCUUGUAUCUCUGUAAUUUUUUUUAACAUGCUUUAUUUUUGUACAUAACUUUUAUUGUGUUUGUAUUUUCGUUUUCAAAGAAGGGAACAGUGUUGUACAGAGGAUUGUGUGAGGAGUCUGUCUUGAGUCAGCUGAAAUAAAGUCUGUGGAACAUGA